UUUUCUUACUCAGCAGUAUGCUGGCAGCUUAAUAAAAGUGGAUGGAAAAUUUUCCUUCUCAGAUGUACCCCAGAUCUCAGCCUAGCAGACAGCUCUGUCCUCCUCUCUCCAGCCACUGAGGCACAAUGAUACCAUUAAGGAUUUUAAUUUUCACAUAUGUAAUGCUCCCAUGGAUAGUGUCUUCUGCAGCAAAGGGUGAAUACAUGGAAGCAAGAACACCUGCAAAAGCUACGGUACGUGCGUCGGACUAUGGCGUCCUGCAAGACACAGAUACUGAUGGUGGAGUACUUCCAAAAGCAGAAGUUUUGCCAACAUGUCUACUGUGCGUUUGUCUGAGUGGAUCAGUUUACUGCGAGGACGUGUCCCCUGACAUGUCAGCCGUGCCAACCCUGCCAAAGGAAACGGCGUAUCUCUAUGCUCGCUUCAACAAAAUCACAAAAAUACACAGGGAAGACUUUGCAGACACAGCUACUUUAAGAAGAAUUGACUUGUCUGGGAAUCUCAUCUCUGAGAUAGAAGACGGAUCUUUCUCAAAACUUCCCAAUCUUGAGGAGCUCAAACUCGCAGAAAACAGACUGACCAAACUUCCCAUGCUGCCAUCCAAGCUAGUAACUUUUAAUGCCAAUUUCAACAGGCUUAUAACCCAGGGUGUAAAGGCAAAUGCUUUUAAAAAACUCACGAGACUGGCAUACCUUUAUCUCGGAGACAAUGAACUGACAGCCGUCCCCCAUCUUCCAGAGUCUCUUUACGUUGUUCAUCUGCAUAACAACAACAUCUCAACAAUAACAGAUGAGACAUUCUGCAAAGGAAACACAAGCCACUACAUUCGGACCAACAUGUACGAGGUGAGACUGGAUGGGAACCCCCUGAAGCUGUCGGAGCACCCUAACAGCUUCAUCUGUCUGCAGUCUCUCCCUAUUGGCUGGUACAAGUGAAACACAAAAGAAACUGAG